CAUCCCCUCGUUGUCGCGACUCUGGUCUCUCUUGACGACCCUGUCUUGUUCACAAUGGCCGGCCUCACCUCCGCAAUCUACUCGACAUUCAUCCACAGGAACGCCGUGUACCUGUCCACCAUUUUCCUGGGCGCUUUCGCGUUCGAGAUUGGCUACGAUGUUGCUUCCAACAAGAUCUGGGAUGCCAUGAACCGCGGUCGCCAAUGGAAGGACAUCAAGGCUCGGUACAUGCAGGCCGAGGAGGAGGAUGACGAGUAAAUACUGUCCCGUCCUGCGAUGGAGACAGAGGGUUUCGAUAAGGAAACUGCAUCGCCUGCAGCCGACCUGGACGGAGGUGAACGGAAGUCAAUUGUUUAAU